GCUGCUCGGUGGCGACGGGCGGCUGAGGAGGCGCUGGAGGGAGGAGGCUGCGGGCAGCAGCAGGAUCAGUUCCCUGUUUCUACUUCUGCAAGCUCUAGCGCUGGAGCUUUGGGUGGGGGUGAAAGAGCAGAGGGGCUGUGCUAUUCCUAAAAGGAAGUGACACGGAUCCAGUGCAUAUGGCUAACGAAACUAUGAGCUAGUACGUUUUGGAAGUGGUCCUGCCUGUCUCCUUCACCCUCGAAAGGUGCGACCUGCGGUGAAGAUUAUGCAUUCAGGAGCUGUUUCCCUGGAGUUUCUUCUUGAUGCAUAAGAGAGAGGCAACCACUAACACGGCACAGGACGUGAAAAUCUGAGAAAUGAACAAAUUACGGCAAAGCUUUAGGAGAAAGAAAGAUGUCUAUGUCCCAGAGGCCAGUAGGCCUCAUCAGUGGCAGACUGAUGAAGAAGGCGUUCGAACUGGCAAGUGUAGCUUUCCUGUUAAGUACUUGGGACACGUCGAAGUGGAUGAAUCCAGAGGGAUGCAUAUCUGUGAAGAUGCUGUGAAGAGACUGAAAUCUCUACCUACAGUAAUAGCGCUCGACUUGUCCCCCCUGUUCCUCCAGGAAAGGAAGUUCUUCAAAGGCUUCUUUGGAAAAUCUGGGAAGAAAGCCGUUAAAGCAGUCCUGUGGGUUUCGGCGGAUGGACUCAGAGUUGUAGAUGAGAAAACAAAGGAUCUUAUAGUUGAUCAGACAAUAGAGAAGGUUUCUUUCUGCGCACCAGACAGGAACUUUGACCGGGCAUUCUCAUACAUCUGUCGAGAUGGCACGACGAGACGCUGGAUAUGCCACUGCUUUAUGGCUGUAAAGGACACGGGGGAAAGGUUGAGUCAUGCCGUGGGCUGUGCAUUUGCAGCAUGCCUGGAGCGAAAGCAGAAGCGAGAGAAGGAGUGCGGAGUGACUGCCACCUUUGAUGCCAGCAGAACCACAUUCACUAGAGAGGGGUCAUUCAGGGUCACUACAGCUACUGAGCAAGCAGAGAGAGAGGAAAUUAUGAGACAGAUGCCGGAUGCUAAAGCAGUUGAAACAGAAGUGAAAACAGUAGCACCAGGUGCUGCACCAAACAAUACUGCCCCCUCUUCUGGCUCACCAACCUCUCCUACUGCUGAAGUUGCUGCCUCUCUGGAUAAAGAAAUGAGCAAUCCCCACGCUAUUCCACGGAGGCAUGCCCCUAUAGAACAGCUUGCCAGGCAAGGGUCUUUCAGGGGCUUCCCUGCCCUUAGCCAAAAGAUGUCUCCUUUUAAACGCCAGUUGUCUUUGCGAAUAAAUGAGCUGCCUUCAACAGUGCAAAGGAAGACCGAUUUCCCCAUGAAAAACUCAGUCCCUGAGGUAGAAGGGGAAACGGACAGCAUUAGUGCUCUGUGCUCUCAAAUCACCAGUGCUUUCAGCACGCCGUCAGAAGAUCCUUUCUCUUCGGCCCCCAUGACAAAACCAGUGACAGUAGUCGCACCACAGUCUCCUGCCUUUCAAGUUAAUGGCACUGCCUCUGCCUUCUGUGUGCUUGCUGCUAAACCAUCCCAAGCUGCUGUAGUGUCCACAGCUAUGCCAGUUCGGGAAACCAAUCCUUGGGCUUAUGCUCCUGCUGCUAAUACUGGAGCUGCAGCCAUGGUCGCUGGCACUGAAUGGAGCAGCACCUCCUCAGGUGCGGCCUCGCCAAGUCUCUUCCAAGGAAAUCACAGACGUACUCCCUCCGAGGCAGACCGCUGGUUGGAAGAGGUCUCAAAGACUGUCAGAGCCCAACAGCAGCCAACCCCAACCCCAGCCCCAGCCCCAGCCCCACAGCCGCUACUACAGCCUCCUUCAGCAGCUUCCCAGUCAGCGCCAGCCUUCCCAGUCAGCACCUUCAUUGCGCCCCAGCCUGUGCCGGUGGGGGUGGUACCACCCAUGCAGCCAGCGUUUAUUCCGGCUCAGCCCUAUGCUGUAGCAAACGGGGUGACCUAUGCAGCCCCAAGCGUACCUGUGGUUGGGAUCACACCUUCCCAGAUGGUAGCCAACGUCUUUGGUACUGCAAGCCACACUCCAGCAGCCCAUCCCCAUCAGUCACCCAGUCUUGUCAAACAGCAGACGUUCCCUCAGUACGAAAGCAACAGUGCUACCACCAGCCCUUUCUUCCACCCACCCGCGCAGCACAACGGCUCGGCAGCCUUCAACGGAGUCGACAGUGGCAAAUGGGCUGCAGAGGACAAGCAUUCGCAGCCUCCCGCCGCUGCUCCGCAGGUAGACCCAUUUGAAGCACAGUGGGCAGCGCUGGAGAGCAAGGCAAAGCAGCGCACUAAUCCCUCUCCAACUAACCCCUUCUCAAGUGAUUUACAGAAGACAUUUGAGAUUGAACUUUAAGCAGCCCUAUGGGGGGGUGGAUAAAUUGUACAUUAGAAUAAGAGGGAUAAAGGGAGCAGAGGGGACUGUUUCUGAUCAGUUUGCUUUGAUAAUCCCAAAGGUCCCUUCAAAUGAAAAAGAGUUAGAAAGAGGGAGCAAUUACGGGGAGGGAUAUAAACAGACAGAGAAUUUAACGUGCGGUUCUUAAAAGGAGUCCCGGAGCCGCCCCAGUCUGCGUUCCCUCCUCACUUGGAAAGCUGGAAGUCAAACAGAGCAAAGAAAGGCACCCAGUCCCGAAGUCUGUUCUGCAGAAACACCAAUUAUCUCACAGAAAGGAAGGCAGAUUUUUGUACCUGUGUCCUUCUGAUGCCCUUCGAGUCCUGGACAUUCCCCCUCAGGGAAAAAAAAUUGGGGUGGGGUGGGGGGGUGGCUGUGGGUGGGAGAUUGUCACCUGCUUAGCAAAAGCUAGGUUUGUGGAAAAAGUUGAGCUUCCAUUUUGAGUAACAAAGUGAAUACUAUAUGUAAAGAAUAAAGUAAAGCCAAAAUCUUUAUUUUUAUGCAUUUAGAAUAUUUUAAAUAGUUGGAUAUUAAAAGCUGUAUGAGUUGUAAGUAAUCUUGCCAAAGGUUAAAAAAAGGGGGUUGGAUGUAAGAAAUUGUACAUAAGAUUGAUUUAUCUCUGAUUCUUAUUGUAAGUAAUAUUGGGGGGGUGGAAAAGGGGGCUCUAGCUUGUUCUUGUAUCUGUUCAUUGUAAGUAGCAUAUUGCAACAACAAUCACAACCAGUAAGUCAUUAUAUCGUAGUUUUAAAUAAAGAAAAUUAAAGAACAGUAUUGUCAUGGUUUGAAAACCAUGGGGAAAAUUUACUGUUUUUUAUUGAAAUCAAGCUACUUAUUAUAUAUAGUAUGGGGUUUUUUUCCUUUCAUGUAUUGCUGCAGUUUCUUUGUCUUAAUCUAUUGGUUCUAACACUACUGUGACAACUUUACUGUAAUCAUAUCUACAUCCUGGGCCUACCUGGGAAACCAUUUUAUGUUUGUCUGUCAAUAGCUCUUAGAGUUUUUUAACUUUGUUUUUAUUUUUUUUUUCCACCAAUUUGUGAAACCUUGUGGUUAAGGCUGCAGCUGGUCCAGGUUCUGCCUCUGGUGACUUGUGAAAACCAUCUCAUUUUAACUUUACUUUUAAACUUUGGCCUUACAAGCAAAUGUAAGUUAUAUAUAUUUGUACUGAUGAUUUAUAAUCUGCUUUAACAGAAAUAAAUGUUGGUGGUAGAAGCA